GUUCUAGCAAAAAGCGGCAGCGCAAUCCCGAGGCGAAGGCCGGCGGCAGCGACCCUGGGAAUGGAGGGGCACUGGCAGCAGCAGGAGGGUCUGGGCCUAACCCACAGCCUGACCCCUCACGUUUACUGGGCACAGAGGCACCAGGAACUCUACCUGAAGGUGGACCUGAACGGAGUUCAGAAACCUGAUAUCAAGAUCUCUGAAAACACACUCUCAUUUAAAGCACACGGCCAUGGUGCAAAAGGAGCCAAUGCAUAUGAGUUUCAUCUUACAUUCUUGGCACCCGUGAAUCCUGAGCCGCAGUUUAAGGUCACGGAAAGACAAGUAAACAUAACAGUGAAGAAAAUGGAGAGUAGAUGGUGGCACAGGCCGACCAAACAAGAAAAGAAACCAAUAUUCUUGGCUCCUGAUUUUGACCGCUGGAUGGAUGAAUCUGAUGCUGAAAUGGAACUUCAAGCAAAGGAAGAAGAGAGAGAAAUUAAUAGAAUGAGUUUGGAGUCAAGAGUUCAGAAGAACUCUUAUGUCACCAUGAAGAAAGGUUACUUAUUUAUGUACAACCUGGUGCAGUUUUUGGGUUUUUCAUGGAUCUUUGUUAAUAUGACAGUUCGACUCUUUGUGUUCGGUCGAGACUCUUUGUUUGAUACUUUCCACGCAGUUGGUGAUGUGAUGAACCUUUGCCAGCUAUUUGCAAUAUUGGAGGUUUUAAACCCAUUGCUGAAUUUGGUGAAAACAGGAUUGGUGCCAGUAAUGAUCCAGGUAAUUGGGAGGAAUAUGAUUCUGUUUGUGGUGAUUGGAAGUCAGGUGGAAAUGCAGAAUAAAGCAGCAGUGUUCGUAGUUUUUUACCUGUGGAGCAUCAUCGAAAUGUUCCGAUACCCAUACUACAUGCUGUCCUGUAUAGACACAGAGUGGAGAUUGCUGACGUGGAUCCGAUAUACCAUUUGGAUUCCUGUUUAUCCACUUGGAGUCAUUGCUGAAGCGGUGUGUGUGAUUCAGUCUAUACCAUACUUUGAUGAAACAGGAAGAUUUAGUAUCUUGCUGCCCAACCCAUUCAACAUCUCAUUCAGCUUCUCCUACUUCCUGCGAGGUUACCUUAUUGCUAUGUUCUUAGGUUUGUUCUUUAAUUUCCGACAUCUCUACAAACAAAGUAACAAGCAUCUUCGCCCAAAAAAACGAAAACUGCACUAGAAAGGAUGUGUGUAUUUUUGAGUUGGAGCAUCACCUUUAAUAUUUUAAUUAAAUGUAAACUUGUUGCCUUUAUAAACACCCUACUUUCCUGGAGGUGAGAAAAGCCAUGGUGAAAUGUCAGUACAUCUCGGUAACCUGUUUCCCCCUCGUACCAGAUGCAACCUUUGCCGAUAUCACCUAUUGCACCUGAUCAGUUCCAAUCUAUUGCCAAUGUAAGAAGUAUUUUGCAGUAACCAAACACAUUCCUUAAUACUAAGGGAAAUAUUUAUCACUCUCCUUUGUAAAUGUAAGCUCAAAGAACUGCACCCUCUAUGGAGGGAACAUUGGUUUGUAACAAGUUAUAUUGCACCCUUGGUAAAAGUAUAUUUUUUUCCAACUGCAGCAGAAUUAUUUUAUAAAUUAAAAUUAGUUUUGUAUUGUGAUGCAAUUUUGAUUUGUCUAAGAUGACUGUGCGAAGAAUGAGGUCUUAGUCGUUAGUGGGCAUUAUUAGACAGAUUAAUGCAUUGCUGUGUCUCAGUCUUCCUAGAAUUAAGAAAGUUAAUUUUAUAUUAGCUGCUUUAAUCUCUGUUCUUGCCGCGGUGCUCCAUUGUGUAUUAUUCACUGUGACAGUAGGAGCCAUGUUUCACUGCUCUGCUCUGUUCCUUAUAACCAGAACCAAGGUGGUAGGGGGAGGAUUCCAUUCCAUUAGAAAAGCAAUACAGACUCAGGUGAUUUCCUUGAUACAAAGUUACUCUGCUACUGAACUAUUUGUAGUUGUGCUCAUGAAUAUUAACUUCACAAUGGGUGGUUCAUUUCAUACUAAGAACAUGAGGAUGGGUGCAUUAACGUUGUUAGGAAGCUUACAUCAGUGUGUGAGACAUAACCAUUAAAAAUAGCGAGAGAAAGCUGGGUCACAUCAAGUCUCUUAGUUGAAAGACUGGUUCUCUGGUCAUCAGUCACAUUGCCACCACUUAAAACACAUGCAAGCUGAUGAUUUUCUCCCUCGUUGUUUUAUUUGUUAAUUGAGACAAAUGCAAUGCAUUUAGAACUGUAACCAAAUGGUGAUGCAAUUUAUUUGCCAAAAUAUUUUGUGAAAAGUUUGCAAGUGUAGAGAUGUGCAAACUUUUUUGAGGAAUGGUCAGAGAUGGAGAACUGCUGUUAUCAGAAAGGAUUUACUGCAAUUUGAAUAAAGUGUGAACAUAGUGAAAAUUAGUGAUCAAAAUUUUAUCUCAUGAAGUUUCAUGCAAGGAGAUUUGGCUGCUACAUCUUUUGUGUGUCCAAGUGUCCCUUCUUAGUGAGUUACAGUUGUUCAACUUUUAUAUAGUGUAAAUCCUGUGCCACUGAAGGUGAAUUGAAAUGUAAUAAAACUUUCAUAGUUCCUUGGUUGAGGUGACUUUUUGGUUUGUGGAUUAUGUUGACCAUAAUGUUAUAAUGAUGAGACAACAUCAACAGAUUCUGCUGUCAAAGGUGAUCCGUGGUUUGUAAUGAAUGAAUAAGCUAAACUGUUCUUAUCAUGUGAAGUUUGACAGUGUUAACCAAAUUCUGAAAGAUCACAAACUGUAAUUUCAACCAUUUCUCCAAGACCUUGAAAAAUUUGUAGCCUUAUUUAUCAAUUUAACUUUUUGUCACCAUGGUCACAUGUAAAGUUUUCUGUCUUCACAUUUUUAUUAUUUAAACAUAGAGGGGGUGAGGAUGAGAUGCACUGUGACCUGUCAUUACUGUGUGCUAUCUGGGGGAAGUAAGACCUUUAGUUACACUGCAACAUUUGACUUGUUGCUGCAAUGAGCUAAUGUGUGCUGACCCUUUGCAGUGGAUUGUCAUAAACAACAUUGAUCAAUAAAAUACGCAGACAAUAACAGAUUACCACAGAUAUUUUCAAAGUGAUAUGUGAUCUGGGGUUUCAGUAAUGGUUGGUGUCAGAUUCAUUAUGGAAAAUAUCCAAGGAAACCAUUUAGCCCACUGAAUCUAUGCUGACUCUCCAUAGACCUAUCCAAUCAGCCCCACUUCGCUUAGCUCUGCAAGUGUAUUUCCCCUCAAGGACCAGUUAGAUUUCUUUUCACGAAUCACUGUCAAUUUCCAACAUUUUACAUUGGCAGCAAGUUUCAGCUCACUACUGCAUACUACAUUUUAAAACAAAAAUCUUGCCAAAACUUUAUCAUAAGUAAAGGGGUUUGGCUUUUCUUUGUGUACUUUACCCAAAGCUGUCAUAAUCUCCCACUGAUCUCCUUUGCUGCAAGGCAAUCAUCUCAGUUUCUCCAACUUAACCUUUGUAGUCCUUCACUCCUAGAACUGUUCUGGCAAAUUUCUAUUUCUUCAGCACCAUACAUUUCUGAAAUAUUCCUGUCUAAACCCUUAAACUUGAUAAAUCCAAUCUCUCAAUACAUCCUGUCAAACUUCAAACACACUUUAGAACUGACCACUCAAUCAGUAUUGCCCCUCUCUCUCUUGCCAGUGUAUCACCACUAUUUCUAUAUAUGCAUAUCAUGCUGGCCUAUCUAUACCAAUUUGCAUUUGAUAGGUGUCAACUUCCUGUUUCCCAUGCCUUCAAAUUUAGGAUCAUCAAAUUUUAGAAUUAACCUCAGUUUUGCAAUCUCCAAGUCAUUUAUACGCACAAAAGCAAAGCGAUCCCAGCCCUGACUUCUGGGCAACACCACUGUUUGUCAUCCUCCUGUCUGAAAAGCAUACUAUUCUGCCCCUUAAGAGAACUUUUUAUCCAGUGUUUUCCCUCCUAUUCCAUUAGCCUGAGUUUUAUUAAUAAUAUACAGUGGUGCAAUGGUUUAAUGGUGUACAAUGAAACUUAAAUGUGUACUUUGAUUCUGUUACUGAAUUACCUGAAUUGAACUGCCACUGUAUAACGAUUUGAAUUGCACUUAUGAAUUAGUUUUGUACAUUAAAAUGAUAAUUUCACUGAA